AGUUCCAUCUUUUUCUUUUUUUUUUAAAUUGGCCACCGCUCAGAUCUAUCUGAGAGAGACACCUAAACAACGAAACUAUCUCUCUCUACUCUCUCUCUCUCUCUCUCUCUCUCUCUCUCUGUGUUCGAAGUUCGAACUCGAAGGAAGCUCUCAACAAUGCCGGCGACUGACACAGACUUCGAUCUUAGACCGUCUCCUCCGUCUGCCUUCACAGUCGGUGAAUACGCAUUUGCCGAUGUGGGGAACUUGGAGCAUUGUAUCAAGUAUUUGAACCAAACACUGGUUACCUUUGGUUUCCCCGCUUCCCUUGAUCUAUUGGCGAGUGAUCCGGUUUCGGUCGCGCGGACUUGCAAUUGUAUAUAUGCUUUGAUUCAGCAGAGACAGCGUGAUGUUGAAUUCCGUGAGUUCGCUAAUGAGCAGAGACAACGGCUUCUAUCAGACAUUUCAAGAUUAGAAGCUAAAGUUGAGAGGCUUGAGGGGCAGUUACAAGCAAAAGAUAGGGAGAUUGCUACAAUUACCCGAACGGAAGCGAAAGCUACAGCAGCUUUUAAGGCCCAAAUUGAAAAGCUACAGCAGGAGCGUGAUGAGUUUCAAAGAAUGGUCAUUGGAAACCAGCAAGUGAGGACUCAACAAAUACAUGAGAUGAAGAAAAAAGAAAAGGAGUACAUAAAGUUGCAGGAGAGGCUAAACCAAGUAUUAAUGGAGAAAAAGAAGGAGUCUAGAUCAGGCAUGGAGAUAAUGAAUUUGCUUCAGAAAGAAGGACGGCAACGUGGAACAUGGAAUGGGAAGAAGGCUGAUAAUGACUUUUAUAAAAAGAUUGUGGAUGCUUAUGAGGCAAAAAAUCAAGAAUUGAUGGCAGAGAAUGCUGAUUUAAAGGCAUUACUACGGUCAAUGCAGGUGGAUAUGCGUGACUUCUUAAAUGCUCCAAAUGGGUUGUCCAAGCAGCCUCUUGCUGUUAGCAAAGGAACCGAAACUGAUCCCUCACGAUCUCCAUUUGGUGGGAGGACGGAUGUCUUUGACCUACCAUUUCAUAUGGCUAGAGAUCAAAUAGAAGAAAGUCUCCGAACGAAGAUGGCAUCUAUAAAGGAGCGAAUGGUUCAAUUGCAAGAUGCACAAAAAGGAGCAGAAGUUACUUCUGAAGCAACUGAAAGGGAGCUUGAGCUUGAAGCUCAGCUUGUUGAAGCAAGAAGCAUAAUUCAGGAGCAGGCAUCAAUCAUGUCUAAACAUCUUGCAAAGUCUGAGAGUGCAAAGUCUGAGAGGCCAAGGACUCUGAAUGGGCAUUUUAAUUCUGGCAGGGAAUCUAUUGUCUCAUCACCAGCUGAGGGGAUAUGCAAUUGACAAGCUUGACUAUGUCCAAAACUUUUGGCCAGCCUUCAGAUCCACUGAAGUUGGGUGUAUGAUGAGAUGGAUGGAAGCAAGCUUUUAAAGCUUCUGUGUUCUUUCCCUAACAGAGCUUUGGGAAUGAUCCGACCAGUAUGUAAAAGUUAGAGGACAUUUAACCUGUAUUGUCCAUGUAAUUAUUACUAGCUUUCAUUAGUGAGUAAGCUUCAAGUGCUCCUUGUCAAAUUUUUUUUAUAUUCCUAAUUUGAAGUCCUUUAUUAAGACUCCCGAGUUAAAUCAAACUAUAUAAUUAUUCUUCA